AUGGGGUUCAGUAAGAGUGCCUUGCUGCUGAGCAUCCUGCUAUUUUUGUCGUUCGGGUUUCAGAUGGUCGCGGUUGUUUCGGUCCCGGUAACUACUCAGAUCACUCUUGCCAACUUCAACGGCUACAUAUAUGGUAUCUGGGGGUACUGUAAAGCCGACGGAUCCAACUGUUCGGGUAUCCAUGUUGGCUACGAAGAAAUCCCCAGCGGCGAGAGCUUCAGCUUGCCGCGCUCCGCGCGCCACUCACUGAGCAGGCUGCUGAUUGUGCACGUAGUCUCCACGGGGUGCACUCUGCUGCUGUUUUUGGGCUCGCUGGUCACCAAUUGCGUCCGGGGACCUACCUACUUGUUGAUCCUGUUGGUAUGGGCUGUUCCGGUGUUUAUGGUCACACUUUUGGCGUUCCUGGUCGAGAUUUUGCUGUUUGUCAAUCAUCUUUCGUUUGCUGGUUGGUUCACACUGGUAGCAGUUGUUCUGAAUGCCGCCUCUUUUGUCGUCCUUUGUCUGUUCCGUCGCUCCCGGGCCGCUAAACUAUCGUCCGGUAAGAAUGGCACAGACUACGGCGAAAUGGGCGAGCUCUCUCACGUCGGCCUUCUUAACGACCAAGAUGAGGAUAAACUUGUCAAGCCAAACCACAUGUUUGAACUUACCCGUCUCGAAUCAGACGAUAGCUCGCGGUCUACUGGCUCUCGACUACCACAAAGACCGAACGCUCCGACCGGUCAUAUGCUGCCCAACUUGCCUUCAAACUAUGUUGCACGCCAACCCCCGCUCCCGAUUGAAGAUCGGCGGCCGACGGCUACAGAUGCAGGUGCUCCACCUCCUCGUCCUCAACCGCCGCCCCAUCAACUCAAACCAGUUCCAGCCGGUACUUAUAUGAGAGGCAUGGAAUCGCCGUCACUGAAUGGCCAGAGUGAUCCCGAGAUGGCCCGUUCACGCCAGGCACCCCAGGGUCAUCCCACUGUCAAUGAACCAAUGGUCGCUAGAUCUACAUCUCAUCAAGCGAUUGUCGACUACGCCGAUGAAACGCUACAGCCUGCGCCACCUCCUCAUAGAAACCGUGCGCAAUUCGGUCCUGGCCGUCAGGGUAACCUGAACAUCAACACAGCAUCAAUGUACCGUAAUGAUCUGCCGCCAGUUGAUUCAGAGCCAGCCACACCAAUGAACAUACCUGCUGGAUACAAUAAUGGAAUGGAUAUGCCACCCCAGCGGACGCCUCUAGAACGAUUCAUGGCUGAACCAGUUCCAACAACGACUUAUAGAGAAGAGCCACCCACGAAUUACACCUAUGGCACACCUCACUCGCCGACACACUCGGACUCGGCCUACACUUCAAUUAGCCAGAGGGCACCUGUAUACCAGUACUCUCAUCCGCCGACACUGGCAGGCACAGUGCCACUGACUGGACCCACUCGAUCCGAGGUAGCGCUCCAGAACAAUCCCGACUUCUCUAUAGGAGAGCGGACAAACCGAUUCCAGAAAAACCGCCGCCGCCCCGGCCGACCAAUGGGCCCCUUUUAG